AUGAGCAAAGUUGAAAUUAUCUCAUUUGAAGUUGUUUCCGGUACUGACAAGUGCUCUGGAAGUUUCUUGGUUGACGGGGUGGAAGUCACGUCAAAGUUGAUAAGUCACCACAUUUGGCUCAGAGACCAUUGUCAUUGCACGAGCUGUUACCAUGGAGUCACCAGACAGCGUCUUCAGAACUCCUGCGAGAUUCCGAGGAAUAUUGCUCCAAUUAGCAUUUCUGUGGAGAAUGAUUUCAUUACCAUUACGUGGACUGAUGGCCAUGAGGGCGAGUACCAGAUUUUAUGGCUGGUGAGCCAUUCGUAUUUUCCAAAAAUUGAACUCAGAAAUCCAAAGCAAUUGACUCUACCAAGGACUCUCUGGAAUGUCGCCAAAAUAAAAGCAGAAUUGCCCACUGUGGAUUACAACUCUGUGAUUGAAUCAGAAAAGGGUGUUGCUGAAUGGUGUUCAAAGAUCUGGGAAUACGGGUUUUGCCUGGUGGAAAAUGUUCCCGUUUCCCCAGAGGUGACUGAAAAGCUGAUAGAGAGAAUUGCAUUCAUCAGACCUACUCAUUACGGAGGUUUCUGGGACUUUACUGCCGAUCUCAAAGUAAACGACACUGCCUAUACCGACAUAGCCAUUCCAUUGCACACGGACGGAACUUAUUUCACAGAUCCACCAGGACUACAACUGUUUCACCUGCUGAAGCAUACGGGAACUGGUGGAGUGACCACUCUGUGUGAUUCGUUCCAAGCCGCAAAAUUUUUGAGGGAGAAGUAUCCAGAGUCAUACGACACACUCUCUCGUGUCCUUGUACCUGCUCAUUCAGCUGGAGAAGACUCUACUUUCAUUCAGCCUUCUUAUCCAAGACCAAUAUUGUGCCACGACAAUAAGGGAGAGCUUAUACAGGUGAGAUGGAAUAUCAGUGACAGAUCCACACUCCAAUUCGACGAUCCAGAGGAUGUUCCCCGGUUCUACGAAGCUAUUGGUCAUUGGAACGAGAUCAUUGAAUCUGAGAAGAACGAGUUUUACCAUACCUUAAAGCCGGGCCAAUGCUUGAUCUUCGAUAACUGGAGAGUUUUCCACAGCAGGAGAAACAAGUUUACCGGCGAGAGACGUAUGUGUGGUGGUUAUAUCAAUCAUGACGAUUUCGUAAGUCGUUUGAAGCUUUCGAAUCUAGAGAGAGCAGACCUGCUUGAUACAUUGUGA